UCAAAACCUCUUAUUCUGGUUUCAUCGCUUCAUAGCUUGUCGCUACAGCGCUAAUGAAAUAUUGGCCUUAAUCAUUGCUCUUGUUAUAAACGUUGCGUAUAUAAAAUUUUGUGAUUAUUGGUUAUUUAAUAAGUUUCUGCAAGAAAAAUGUACAAUCCCAUUUCAAAAGAUGAGCCUGAUAUUCCAGCUGCACUGGGUCUUCUUUCUCAUUUGAACAAUGAAGAACUGAAAGAGUUAUUGAACAAUGAUGACAAAUUCGAGGACAUUGUGAAAGAUAACAAACAGUUUAAAGACUUAGAAACCGAGAAAGAAAUGUUAAUUGCUAGUAACAGAUCGCUUGCUGAGUUUAAUCUGUCAAAGCAACCCCAAUUGGAUGAAAGUAAACAAAUAAUACGUGAACUUAGCGAGAAGGGAAAUCAAUUGUGUUCUAGUGUUCAAGAGAAGCUGGCUGAUGUCGCUAAUAAAUCUGGUGCAAUGACGGUUGAAUCGGCUUUGGAACUUCUGCAAGCAGCUGCUGCAGAAAUUGAAGAAGAAUCUGAGAAAUUGGCAGAAAAAUUCAUGGCUGGUGAUGUUGAAGUUGACGAGUUCCUCGAACAAUUUCUAUCACGCCGCAAAUUAAUGCAUUUGCGUAAAGUGAAAGUUGAUAAAAUGCGGGAGCUUGUAAGAAAACCAAUGAUGCAUGCAAACCCAGGUUAUCCAAUGACUAACAAUUUUCCUGGUAUUGGGCCAUCGGUACCUUAUCCAACUGGUCCUGUGUCAAUGCCAAUGCCAAUAAUGCCAAUGUAUAGACCCUAGUAGUUGCUAAUUUUAAUUCUGACAUUCAGUUACAUGAAGGAAAGGAUCUAUCUAUUAUUGGAAUGCUAAACGCAAUUUACUCAGUAACAAAUUUCCUCAUAGGACUUUGGAAACAAUCCAAUAUCAAGAUUUCAUUACAUUCUUAAUAAAACCAAUGCUAUUACUAUGCGGAACUAUAUUAAUGGCAUUGGCAUUUUUCAAGUAGUACAUGCGAAUGUAUGCAUACAUGUAAUCAUAAAUAUAUAGAUUUAGUUUAAGUUCAAUUUUCAAAUGUAUGAUUGACUACACAAAGGAAUUAUUCUCGAUAUAAUAACCAUGCAAAAAACUAAAUAAAAAUAUGAUGACAAAUGCUUAACAAGAACAGGCAUGUUUUUUCAGAUAAUGUCACUGGUUACCAUGCUAGGGAAUCUAAGGAACAAAACGUGUUAAUCUGUUAAUAAUAAACAUUUUUUUGAUAACGAACCACCGAUUGAAAUUUAUAUAAGCUUAAUGACACUCGGUGUUCUAUUUCUUUUUUUCUUUCGCAACAAGACAAAUUAUAUAAAACUGCAAUUACCACAAUAGAAUAAAUUUAUAAAAACAUUCAAUGUACAUUUAAUUAAAGAUAUUUUAUUUA